AUGCAAGCCCGGUUACAAAGUCAGGAAGAGCAGAUCCGUCUUUUGAGACAACAGGCUUCGCCAGGGAGUGCUGGACCUAUUUUGCCACCUGCUGUGGCACCAGUUGUACAGACACUUGAGGUUGGGAGUAGGUGGGAGCCACUCUCAAAGGCAAAACAUGAACAACAUCUUCGACAGGUCUUCAAGAGAUUGAGGGAGCAACAAUUGUAUGACAAUUUUAAGAAGUGUGAGUUUUGGCUACCCAAAGUGACAUUCCUUGGAGAUAUUGCUGGUGAAGAUGGAAUUAAGGUGGAGGCAGUGAGAGAUUGGCCGAGACCAAGAAAUGCCUUAGAGGUUAGAAGUUUCCUUGGGUUAGUGGGUUAUUACAGAUGGUUUGUAGAAGGGUUCCUGAAGAUUGCUACACCGAUGAUAGAAUUGACACGGAGGAAUCUAAAGUUCGUCUGGUCAGACAAGUGUGAGAAUAGCUUCCAGCAACUGAAGCGACGGCUGAUUAUUGCUCUGGUAUUGAGCCUUCCUUCGGAAGGAGGGAAGUUUGUGGUAUACUGUGAUGUAUCCAGGUUGGGAUUGGGAUGUGUAUUGAUGCUGAAUGAGAAGGUUAUUGCUUAUUAA